CACACAGACACACAGAGAGAGAUAGAGCAUUUGAACCCGUUUCCCUCAGCAGAAAUCCCCACGCAUGCUCAAUCCCCCAUUCCGUUUAUUGAUCACCUUAUCAGAGCGAGCCCGGUGGAAAGGGAUAGACGUCACAACGCUGCGCGCGCCAGAACAUAGAAAUCCGGUCAGACUAAUAUGCGAUAGCCUAUACCUAGGCUACAUAUGGUUGAUUGACCAAGCUUUUAACAUUUUUCUUUAAUCACCCUAGGACAACAUAUCUGAAUAUAUUUCUAGGACUAGGCUACGAUUGUGAAUUUGACAGACCAGGCUACGUUCGAAUCAACACCGCGUUUUGGUCCUAAAGGAUGGCUGAAGCAGAACUACAGGCGUUUACGUCUAUGAUGGACGCACUCGUUCAAAUCAGCUCUAACAUGAAGAGUAUGGAGCGGGAGCUGCAUUGCCCGGUGUGUACUGAGAUGGUGAAGCAGCCCAUCAUCCUGCCGUGCCAGCACAGUGUGUGUCUGCUGUGUGCUGCUGAGGUGUUAAUCCAGAGAGGCUACCCUCCCCCAGACCUCCCCCCAGAGCCCAACUCCCCCGCCGCCUCCCCCAACACACGCUCCCCCCGCGGGGCACGCAGACCCCCGCCCAAGACCACUGACCGCCUGGACCGCGUCCUCAGACCAGGUUUUGGGACGUACCCCGGGCGUCGUCGUAAGGACAUGUCUCCUACCCCCAUGCUGUUCCCCUGUCCGUCCUGUCACAAAGAGGUGGAGCUGGGGGAGAGAGGACUGACCGAUUGCCUCAGGAACCUCACCUUGGAACGCAUCGUAGAGAGGUACAGACACACAGUGAGCCUGGGCAGCGUGGCUAUAAUGUGUGGCUUCUGUAAGGCUCCUCAGUCCCUGGAGGCCACUAAGGGCUGUGCUGACUGCAGGUCCAACUUCUGCAACGAGUGUUUCAAGCUCUACCACCCCUGGGGCACGCUCCGCUCCCAGCACGAACACAUACUACCGACCAACAACUUCAGACCCAAGGUCCUGACGUGUCUGGAGCAUGAGCAGGAGAGGUUGUUGUGGUACUGUCGCUCCUGCCAGAGGCUGCUGUGUCCGCUCUGUAAGCUCCGCAGAGUCCACCACGGCCACAAGGUGGCGCCCAUCGCACAGGCCUGCCAGGCUCUAAAGGACAAAAUCACCAAGGAGAUCAACUACAUUCUGGCCAAUCAGGACACAGUAAAGGCUCAGUUAACUCAGCUGGAGAGUGCCAUCACACAGAUGGAGUUGAACAGUGCGGUGGCGAGGGAUCAGUUGUCCCAGUCUGUGAGGGAGCUGGGGGCGGCUAUAGUGGAGCGGCAGGGGGCGUUGACCCUGGCCCUGGAGGGGGCCCGGCUGAGGAGGGGGGAGGCCCUGUCGGCCCAGGUGUCUGAGAGGAGGGGUCUGCUGGAGCACGCCGGGUUAAUUGCCUACACACAGGAGCUGCUCAAAGAGACUGACCAACCCUGCUUCGUACAGGCUGCACGAGUCACCCACAACAGGCUGCUGAAAGCGAUAGAGAAUCUGCAGUGUUUCUCACUCUCCGCUGAUCCCUCCUUCAGACACUUCCACAUGGACGCCUCCAGAGAACUGAAACUCAUCAGCAGCAUGGAGUACAUAAGAGCCCCAUUGGCUCCUGUGAUUGACACUCAGCGGACGCUGGCCUAUGACCAGCUGUUCCUGUGCUGGCGACUCCCCCAGGACUCUGCCCCUGCCUGGCACUUCUCUGUCGAGUUCCAGCAGCGAAUGGGAUUGACUGAGGCAGGCUGGGGAGGAGGGGUCAGGAGUCCCAAUGCUCCAGUGGCGUGGCAACGCCUGGAGGAGGUGGGCGGGACUAGUGCUGUGAUUGACAGGCUAGAGAUGGACAGUGUGUACGUGCUAAGGGUGAAAGGAAGCAAUAAGGCGGGGUUUGGAGAGUACAGCGAAGAGGUCUACCUGCACACGCCCCCCGCACCAGUGUUGAGUUUCUCUCUGGACUCUCGCUGGGGUUUGCAUGCUGACAGACUGGCGCUGGGUAAAGGACAGACGUAUGCCCGCAGCGUGCCAGGCCUCUCCCUCCUGCAGGCCGCCGACCGCUCCCUCACUUCCUGUCACCUGACCUCUGACCUCCUCAUAGGCGACCUGGCCGUCACCCAGGGAAGGCACUACUGGGCAUGCUCGGUGGAGCCCGGCUCCUACCUGGUCAAGGUGGGAGUUGGACAGGAGGCCAAGCUCCAGGAGUGGUUCCACCUUCCCCAGGACAUGGCCAGCCCCCGCUAUGACCCAGACAGUGGCCAUGACAGUGGGGCUGAGGAUUCCCCAGACUCCUCCCCUCCCUUCUGCUUCCUCACCAUGGGCAUGGGAAAGGUCCUCUUACCCCAGGGGGCAGCAAACUUACACCACAAUACCCACAGUACCCAUGGGAACAACCAUGGCCCCCCCACCGCCCCCCUACCCCAGCGCCUGGGGGUUUGUCUGGACUUUGAGAAGGGUCGGGUCACGUUCUACGAUGCCCACUCACUGCGCACCCUGUGGGAGGGGCAUGUGGAUUGCUCUGCCCCUGUGUGCCCGGCCUUUUGUUUCAUUGGUGGAGGGGCACUGCAGCUGCAGGAGCUGGUGGCCAAUCGGAGCACAGAGGAGCCACCGCACAGAAGGGUCACCAUCCAAUCACGCGCCACCAAUUUAGGUAACUGAAGAAGUAUGGAGUGGAAUGAUGUGGAAAGAACCUUUAUCAACUUUAUGUUUACUUUUUUUAUGUAUAUGUUGCGUUUGUAAUGUCUGCAACUGUUGAUGAUGUACAUUAUGCAGAAUAGAAGAAUGUCAAUGUCCCGGAAUCCAGUGGAUUGUAAAGCGUUCUGCAGGUUACAUCAGGAUCUGUGUAUUCUGGUAUGAUUCCAACUGUUGCUGUUGCUGUGUUGCAUCUGAAAAAGACUCAUGAGUAGGACGUUUACUGUUAAAUGACUCAUGAGUGGAACGUUUACUGUUAAAUGACUCAUGAGUGGGACGUUUACUGUUAAAGAACUCAUGAGUUGGACGUUUACUGUUAAAUGACUCAUGGGUGGGACGUUUACUGUUAAAGAACUCAUGAGUGGGACGUUUACUGUUAAAUGACUCAUGAGUGGGACGUUUACUGUUAAAGAACUCAUGAGUGGGAUGUUUGCUGUUAAAUGACUCAUGAGUGGGACGUUUACUGUUAAAGAACUCAUGAGUGGGAUGUUUGCUGUUAAAUGACUCAUGAGUGGGACGUUUACUGUUAAAUGACUCAUGAGUAGGACGUUUACUGUUAAAGAACUCAUGAGUGGGACGUUUACUGUUAAAGAACUCAUGAGUGGGACAUUAUCUGUUAAAUGACUCAUGAGUGGGACGUUAUACAUUUUACAUUUACAUUUUAGUCAUUUAGCAGACGCUCUUGUUAUCUGUUAAAUGACUCAUGAGUGGGACGUUUACUGUUAAAGGACUCAUGAGUGGGACAUUAUCUGUUAAAUGACUCAUGAGUGGGACGUUAUCUGUUAAAUGACUCAUGAGUGGGACGUUUACUGUUAAAGGACUCAUGAGUGGGACAUUAUCUGUUAAAUGACUCAUGAGUGGGACGUUUACUGUUAAAGGACUCAUGAGUGGGACGUUAACAGUUAAAUUACUCAUGAGUGGGACGUUAACUGUUAAAGGACUCAUGUUACCUGCACUUCACAUAGAUCUAAUUGUUUGAAACCAAACCAAAAUGCUCACAUUGUGGCAGAUUCUCUCAUAAGCUUCAAAAAUCUAUUACAAAUCAAGAGGGUAUAAAUGUAUAUUCUAUAUUUUGACACAAAAUAGAGAAGAAUGGGAUUUACACAUUAUGGAUAUAAACUAUUUUGCAUAAAUCAUGCGUUGAUGUCAAUGGGAAGAUUUAGGAUGUGUGUGUAUUCAGUUGAAUUAAAAUUAUAAUACUUGUUUUAUCAUUUUCAUCUGAACUGGCUGAAUAUUUAUACCGUUUUAUAGCUUUUUAUUCAUAGCUUUUAUGAUUAUUAUGACUGGCAAUAGUUAAUUUUUACUCAACAGAUUAUUAGUAAAAAGAUAGAUCUUACAGGGUCGAGGCUCAGACUGUCAGUAUUCAUACAGUAUAUUGAAUGUGUGUCUGUGUGAGAGUGUAUAUUUACUUGAAUGUGUGUGUGUGUGUGUGUGUGUGUGUGUGUGUGUGU